AUGGACCUAUUCUCCGCCGCCUGCGAGAACUUUGGGCUGGUUAUCAACACGCAGAAGACGGUGGUGAUGCAUCAACCGCCACCCAACUCAGCCACAGCCCCCAACGCGUCGUCGCAAAUCAGCGUGAACGGAAUCCAACUGCAAGUGGUGGAGAACUUCCCGUACCUGGGCAGUACCCUCCCCCGCAACACCAAGAUCGACGACGAAGUCGCCAACAGGAUCUCGAAAGCCAGUCAAGCGUUCGGUCGCCUCCAAAGCACCGUUUGGAAUCGCCACGGUCUUCAGCUGAGCACAAAGCUGAAGAGGUACAAGGCGGUCGUCCUGCCGACAUUACUGUAUGGAGCGGAGACUUGGACGGUGUACGCAAAGCAGGCACGCCGUCUGAACCACUUCCACCUCAGUUGUCUUCGUCGCAUCCUGAGGCUGAACUGGCAGGAUCGAAUCCCCGACACUGAUGUUCUGGAACGGACUGGAAUCCGCAGCAUCUACGCCAUACUGAGGCAAAUGCAGCUGCGCUGGAGCGGCAACCUGGUGCGCAUGGACGACGAGCGACUACCCAAACGACUCUUCUACGGAGACGUCGCGACGGGUUCUCGCCGUCAAGGAGGCCAGAUUCGCCGUUACAAGGAAACCCUGAAGUCCUCCCUGAUGCGCCUGCACAUCAACCCCACCAACUGGGAGGAGCUCGCACUCGAUCGGCCGACCUGGAGGAGGACAGUGAAGACAGGCGCUGCGAUCUACGAAGCCAACCGCAUCGCUGCCGCCAAAGCGAAACGUGAAUUCCGCAAAUCACAACUUCGCCCAGUCCGCAACGCCGCCGCACAACCGCCUCCAACGUGUCCUCGAUGUCAACGGACAUUCCGGGCUCGAAUCGGACUUGUUGGACAUCUUCGGAUUAACUGUGCCUCUCGAACUGCACCAACAAUCGUCCCCCCUCCCGCCUCUUCCUCCUCCUCACCGCUGCCAACUAACUCUGCCAAUUCUUCUAACCCACCACUUCCAUCCUCCUCCUCCUCCUCCUCCUCCUCCACUUCUCCAACGACGGCCGCUCAGGUGACUGUCCCGCGCGCAACAACCGACACUACCAUCACCUCCCCCGACUCCAGCGAUGAGGAUCAGGACUACACCUGCCCUCACUGCGACCGCACUUUCACCUCACACAUCGGCCUGGUCGGUCACUUGCGAAUCCAUCGCAUAGAGACUGACGAACCAGUGCCUGAAGCACCAACGUACACCCGCCGCACUCGCCUCCACGGCCCACACUGCCCUCGCACCUUCAGGCAUCGCAUGGGCCUUUUCGGCCACAUGCGCAUCCUCGAGAGCGGCCUUGACCGCACUCCCGACACACCCACCACAUCCAACACAUCCACCGUGCACACCCCCACCCUCCUUCCAUCCGUUCGCGCCACCACCACCACCACCACCGCCUCCUCUGUAGCUGACACGGACACCGCCGACUUCUCAUGCCAACACUGUCCACGCACAUUCACCUCACGCAUCGGCCUGGUCGGUCACUUGCGAAUCCAUCGCACAGAGACUGCCCUAGUAGCAAUAGAUAUCGAGUAG